CUGCACGUGGUGUUAAGCCGGGGCUGCACCCGCGGUGAAAACAAAAUAUUCUGGCGACUUUGGCGUGCCCGCCUGGUGCUGUGGAUUUCCAGGCUUUGGCAGUACACGCCCACGCGGGGGAUUACAAUCAAAAGAAGCCGCAGUUCCCUGGGGUUCACACUGUGCCUGCCGCUCCGAGGCCAUAUCUCAGUACAGAGAUGCUAUCACCCUGUGUUUCCAGGCCACAGACCAAGAGCUGUGGGGAAGUGUUUAUCUUUGGUCAGCUUGGAUGCGAGUAAGAGGAGAGCCUCACUGCUCUGAAGAUCAAGGAGUGGAAAGUUCUUCACCAGCUCAGAGAGCUUAAGAGUGGAAUUUGUGAAACCAGCUACUUUGAUUAAAACCCUUUUGGAAUCUGCUUUGCUUGUAUCCGAUCUAUGCAAGAUUUCACCAUGGGCAGUGGCUAUUACAACAUAGUGGCUACCAUGUUGUUGGUCAUGAAUUUUGAGAGGACAAGAUCAGUGCAGGAUUCCUGUAAUAAAUGCCCAGCUGGUACUUUCUGUGGGAAAAGCAAGGGUCAGAUCUGCAUUCCUUGUCCUCAAGAUAGUUUCUCCAGCACCAGUGGACAACAGGCCUGUGCCAUAUGCAGGCAGUGUGAAGGUGUUUUCAGGACCAAGAAGGUGUGUUCGCCCAUCAGCAAUGCAGAGUGUGAGUGCAUCUCAGGAUUCCACUGCUUGGGGGCGGGAUGCACCAUGUGUAAACCGGAUUGUAAACAAGGUCAAGAAUUAACCAAAGAGGGCUGUAAAGACUGUCACUUUGGGACAUUUAAUGAUCAGAAACAUGGCACCUGUCAACCCUGGACAAACUGUUCCUUGGAAGGCAAGUCUGUACUUGUGAAUGGGACGAAGGAAAGUGAUGCAGUAUGUGGACCAGCUGCGGCUGACUUCUCUCCAGGUACAACCUCUGCCACCACGCCUGCCCCUGCAAGAGAUCCAGGACAUACGCCCCAGAUCAUCAUCUUUCUGGCACUGACGUCGGCUGCCGUGCUGUUCCUGGUGUUCUUUCUCGUGCUCCGUUUCUCUGUCCUUAAACAUGGCAGAAAGAAACUCCUAUAUUUAUUCAAACAACCAUUUAUGAGACCAGUACACACUGCUCAAGAGGAAGAUGCCUGUAGCUGCCGAUUUCCGGAAGAAGAGGAAGGAGAAUGUGAGCUGUAAAGCAGAAAUCCAAAACUCCGCUGGAACUGUCUUGAGAAGAAUCACAGGAGAAACAUGAGUGAUCCCACCAUCGGAUCUUACUAAAUUGAAGACACCGUCCUAGAAAAGACUCAGGAUUACCCCCAAGUUUUCUCAAAAUGCUGACGGGUUGGCCUUUAAAAAUGUACCCCUUUUAGUGCAUGUAUGGGACAGAGCUGGUGGGAAAGGGGCAUUUUCCAGAUAAUGCUUAAUAGGCUUCAGCUAGUUUGUUUUUGAAAUCCAAAGAGAUUUUAAAAUUACAUCACGUAGGCCAAUAGUCCAGCCAAAAUGAUAGUCAAAAAUCAAUUCCAUUUGAGUGUGUGUGUGUGUGUGCUAAUAUGACAUAUGACAAAAAGCCACAAGAUGCAGGAAAUACCCCCAACCAAAUUUUCCAUUGGUUCGGAUAGUCAACACAAUGAGCUCUACUGAUGUGAGGGAGGAAAUUAUGACAGUGCCCAGAUUUGAGGUCAAGAGAAAAAUAUCUCAGACCUUGAGGAAGAGUUUUGGAAAGAGUUCCUAUGUCUGCACGUUCUGUGGUCCCCUUCGUCUCCGUGUUUCUACUUUAUGCUGCUUCUCUCUGAACCAGGGCUUACGUUUUGGUUCUUUGUUGUUUAAAAUUCUUUUAAUUUAUUAUUGAAGUAUAACCAACAAACAAUGUAAUAUUAGUAUCAAGGGUAUAGCAUAGAGGCUCCACAAUUCUGUACGUUACUCAACACCCAACACGGUAAGUGUUGUCCCCUUCUGUCACCAUACGACAUUAUUAAAGUAUUAUUGAUCGCA